AUGUCGUCGCCCUCGUCAUUGCCUGACACUUCCGACGCCGACGUUUCUGACGGCCCCGGGCCGGCCAGCUCCAACUUCACGCUGAUGUACAUCAUCAUCGCCGUUGCCAUCGCCGUCGUGCUGUACUUCGCCGUCGGCUACGGCAGGUCGCUCCUGUCCCAGUGGCGCGCUCGUCACGGCGACGGCUCGCUUCCUGCCACCAACCUCGGGAUGAGCAUGGACGACAUCGCCGCGCUCCCCACGUUCACGUACAGGGCGCGAGCGGCGCCGACGCCGUCGCCCCAGGGCAACUGGGGCGGCAAGAGGAGGAGCGGAAGCAAGGGGAGGGCGGCGGCUGCGUCGGUGGAGUGCGUGGUGUGCCUGCAGGAGCUGGAGGACGGUGACGUGGUGCGCGUGCUGCCGGCGUGCAGGCACUUCUUCCAUGUCAGCUGCAUCGACGCCUGGCUGUGCGCACACUCGUCGUGCCCAGUGUGCCGCGCACACCCCGAGCCGGAGCGAGCGCGCCCCGGCGAGGCUGCCAUGUCGCCACCGUUGCCGCAGCUGCGUCGCUGCGACGUGUCGCCCGAGCGGCCUACGGCGACGAGAAUCUUCGCGGAUAUCUUGGCACGAUCGCCGCUGAGGAUCGGAGGCUCGACGAGCGGUUCGAAGGAGAGGGUCGUGUCCAGGUCGCCGUCACCGGCACCCAUGGUGCGUGACUACGUCCUGUCGAGGUCUCCGUCGCGGACGCCGUUGACGCAUGGGAUGGUGGACGAACGGUGUUCGUUGUCGCAGUCGCCGCCCCAGAUGCUGGAGGUUGUGGUGGUUCGGUCGCCUUCUCCGAUGAGGUUCGGCCGUCAGCCUACGACGACGUGCGUUGGCGUGUUGGAAAGCACAGAUGCAAGUAUGUCGGCAUCGCCAUCCCCGCCGGCGACAUUUUUCACAGAGGAGUCGUCUUCUAAAUUGUCACCGGAAGUGCCAUACUAAGUAGCAAGUAGGUACAGGAACAGAGGUAGCAAAUGUUACAUUGCCACCUACUGUCCAUUUAGUUGCACAGCGUGCAUUAAGAUAGAAUGAACAAUGGCUGUCACCAUUGCUUUGAGGUGCAUUUUGGAGCUUGUUAUCCGAUUCUUAGCGCCUGA